AGGGAAGUAAACAAGAAGCCGUUGAGGAACGCGCUCCGAUUUAACUUAGGCUGCGUUCGUUCCAGGCCUGGCUUUGCAAGACAGCCACAAGAUGAGCUUUGUGCGGCACAGGUCCAGUGCUGCCAGCCAACAUGACAGACUCUCCUACAUCCAUGGACCGGAUCAGUCGUACAGCACAGAAUGUCUGUACACCUUUGAUCCUCGGAAAAACUUGAAUGAUUUAUUCCAAUCAAUUUCUGUGGAAAAUGUGUGCAUGGAGAACCUGCGGGUGUACCUGAGGGUGCGACCCAGGCUGGAAGGGGAGGUGCAGCAGAAUGAGGACACUCAAGUGGAUAUUCUAGAUGAGCGCAGUGUCAUCCUUACUGCCCCCACCUGCUCCAACACUUUCAAGAACAGUGUGCGAGGCAUCUCUAAACUCACCCACAAAUUCACCUUCACCCAUGUGUAUGGGCCAUCCACCACCCAAGAGGACCUCUUCCGUUCCUCCACAUUAAACCUGGUCACAGACUUUGUCAGCGGCCAGAACUGUCUCCUUUUCACCUAUGGUGCCACAAAUUCUGGAAAAACAUUCACAGUACAAGGAACACCGGAGGAUGCUGGACUGUUGCCCCGCACAGUACAACACAUCUUCGCAUUGAUUGGGGAGAACCAUUAUCCUAAGAAUGACCUAAAGCCUAAGUUUUGCUGCAAUGUGACACGCCUCGAAGAGCAGGAUGUGAUCAAGGAAGAAGAGAAGAGGGAGAGCAUUUUUAAGAUCCCUUCCAACCUCACCACUACAUUUUCACAAUCCACCCUGAGCAUUCUCAAAGGAUCCAUGUGUGAGGACAGUGUGAACACCACUGAGUGUAGCAUAGCCUCCCAUAACACCACUGAGGCUGGAGUGUCUCCAGUUUUGGACUCUAUCAAUACCACCAGUGGCACCAGUGACACUACUGGAGACUUGGCCAGUCUGGGGACCACUCUGUAUGCCGUGUUUGUUUCCUUCGCUGAAAUAUACAAUGAGUACAUCUUUGACCUGUUGGAAAAGAUAACCAUUUCAAAAGGCAACAAGCGCAACCCCCUCAUGCUUGGUGAAGACUAUAAUGGAGCUGUUUACAUCAAAGGUCUGAAUGAGGUACGGGUGAAAACAGCUGAGGAGGCCCUUCAGCUUGUGAAUAUUGGCCGCCAGAACCUACACUUUGCUGCCACCCGCCUCAACCACAACUCCUCCCGCUCCCACUGCAUCUUCACUGUGAAAUUGGUGCGCUUGGCUGAUGCCGACAACCCACACAUUGCCAGAGUCUCAGUGCUGUCCUUGUGUGAUCUGGCUGGUGCAGAGCGAGCAGCCAAGACAUGCAGCACUCAUGACCGCCUCAAGGAGAGUGGCAACAUCAACACUUCCCUUCUCACCCUCAGCAGAUGCAUUGAGGCCCUCAGGUGUAAUCAGACACAAAAGGGCGGUAAGAAGGUGCCUGUGCCGUAUCGUGACAGCAAGCUGACGCGGCUCUUUCAGUCUUUCCUCUUGGGCAAGGGCAAGGCAGCCAUGAUUGUCAACAUAUCCAAGAUGCCACUGCUGUUUGAUGAGACGCUCCAAGUACUGAAGUUUUCAGCUGUUGCAAAGCAGGUGGCCAUCACCCAGGCAAAGGAGUCAGAAGUGCAGGUGGUGCAGCCAAGCCGCCGGGUGAGUCGGUUGUCCAAAAUGGUGCGUCAGUCCCUCAAGGGUAAUGGCAGGCUCUCGGUGCCCUGGGGCAAGGCUAGGGGCUCCAUCACGUUUGGUGAGAGUGUAUGUGAGGGGAAUGAGGAUAGAGAACAAGAGAUUGUGCCAGAAGACCUCCUUGAGGAAGAUGAAGAUGAAAAUGAAGAGGAAGAUGAACGGGUUGAGGGUCUCAUCCAAGUUAUCAACAAGCUGAAGGAGGGGCUGGUCAGGGAACAUAAAGAAAAGUUGGACCUUGAAGAACGUUUGCGACAGGAACUUUGCAAGGAAUUCUCUCAGCAACUGGUGGAGAUCCAGAACUCUUGGAGCCAGCGUUUGAAAGACCAGGAGGGUCUCUACGAGGAACUUACUGAAUGCAAAAUUCAGGCACUCAUGAAGUCUGUAAAGAAGUGCAACAAACGGAUGAGGUGUGAGGAGGAUCCUGAUGAGGAGUAUGUUUCCUCAGUCUUCCUCUUCAGGGAACAGCAAAAAGUGGCAGAACAGAAGCAAGAGAUUGAGGAGCUCAAGGCUAAUGAAAAUCUUCUCAAGGAAGAAGUGCAGGCCCUGAAGGAUUCCCAAAAGAAGAUCAAUGAAAUGGCAACCCAGGCUAAGGAAGAGAAAUCAAGGCUCACCUUCAGGCUAGCACAGCUUACCACCACCUAUGAUAAAGUGGUCCAGGAAUUGAAGGAGGCCAAGUCCCUGAGUAUCUCUGCCAGCACUGACAACACAGAGGUCAUGCAGGAGCUCAAGGCUCAGCUGGAGACGAGGAGUGCUCAACUGGAAGAGAAGGACCAUGAGAUUCAGGAUCUGCAAGCUAUGCUGGUGGAGGCAUCAGAGUACUGUAUUAGCAAAGAGAAGCUGUGUUCCAACCUAGAGAAGAUGCUGGAAUCAAGUCAGCUGAAGAAUACUCAACAUAUGAUGUACAUCAGUGAUCUGGAGAGCCAGCUGGAGGAAAGCAGGGGCAUGCUGAGCCAACAGGCAGCACAGAUGGAGGAACGAGAACAAGACAUUGAGGAUCUGCGCCACCUGUUGUCUCAAGAGAGGAAGUCCAAGAAGGAAGAGUUGUCAAAAAAGGAACAUCAAUUGAACAAGAUGGAAGAGGAUUAUGUCAGAGAGAAGAGCAAGUUGCUUCUGGAGAUGGCAGGACUAAAGAGGAAUAAGCCUGUGGAAAACAGUGGCAGUGCUGAGGAAGUGAAGCUGCUUGUGGAGAAAGUCUCACAGCUCCAGGAGGAGAAGGAGGCACUGAAGAAGAGCGAGAAGAGUCUGAGAGAAAGACAUGAACAAGAAACCAUAGAAAAAGAUAAACAAAUGAAAUCACAGGAAGAGAAGUUAGUCAUCAUGGAAAAACAGCUGUCUGAGAAAGAGACUGUUAUCAUGAAAGAAAGAGAGGAAAAAGAAAUAAAGAUAGAUGAACUUAAGAAGAUUCAAGAGUCUGUUUUAUGCCAGGAAGAACUAAAAGGAGAAAAGGUGGCAGAGAUAGACAGACUAAUGCAGGACAAUGAAGCAUUGUCCAGUCAAGUCCAAUGCCUGAAAGCUUGUAAUGAGGCUUUAAAUAAUGAAGUUGAAGAUGUUAAGAGCUGCCUGAAAGAAAAAGAGGAUGCUGAAGUAAGGCUGCAAGAGAACUUCACUGCAUGCAAAAUUGAAUUAGAGGAGCUAGGAAGGGCCAAUGCAUCCCUGAAAGAAAAAGAAGAUACUGAAGUAAAGUUACAAGAGGAAUUUGAUAAGUGUAAAGCUGAAGUAGAGGAGCUGCUAAAGGCCAAUAUAUCUCUGAAGGAGCAAGUGAAUGCUAAAGCAGAAUUGGAAGAGCUGCAGAGAGUACAUACAUCUCUGAAGAAAGAAAUUAAUGCAAAAAUAGAGUUACAAGAAAAUUUGAAUGCAUGUCAAACUCAACUUGAAGCAUUGCAAACCACUCACACUUCCCUGGAGGAGGAGAGAGAAGCCUUACAAAAGAAACUCCAGGACCAGACAAACUUACUUGAGAAACUGAAGGCUGAAAAUGAAGCAGAGGCAGCCAAGAACUCAGCCAUCUGUGAGAAGCUGAGGGCCGAGAUUGAGGAACUGAAGAUGAUGAAAGUAGGGCAAGAUGAUGUAGUUAAGGAAAUGUCUGAACUCAGGGUUAGGCUGGAAGCACAGGUGGAACAGAUUAAAGAAGAGAAGUCUCAGGUACAGAUCCAAGUGGAAAUGUUGGAGCUGGACAAGAAGAAGAUGGGGGAGAGGCUUUACAACCUUCAGGAAGCCAGUCAUCUCAAAGCACAGCAGGCACAGACUGAAAUACAAACACUACAGGAACAAAUUGAAAUCCUUAUGAAGGAUAAAAUUGCACUGGAAGCCAGAGUGGAGGCUGCCCAAAGACUGACUCAGGAACAAACCAGUCUCUUGCAGGAUAAGCAAGAAGUGGUACAGGCUCUCUCUUCAAAGAUUGAAUCCCUGGAUGCCAAGUUAAACUGUUUAGAAGAAGAAGAAAAGGAUAAAAAGCAAUUGCAGGAAGAAGUGAAAGCUUGCAAUGCUAUUAUCAUUAGACUGGAAACAAAAUGUGAACUGCUUGAGAAGGAGAUCUUAGCCCUAAGGGAGGCCAGGCAGGCUGAGGUGCAGGAGUCUUUCAACCGCACAAAGGACCAUGAGGAGUUUGCACGGCAGAAGGAGGCAGAAAUCUCAACCCUCCAGCAAGAGGUGAAGAAGCUUCUCCAGCAGUCGAUGUCUUCAAGCAGGAGCAGCAUUGCUGACCCACCUGUGAAGACUGAGACAUCAGAGCUAAAUGACGAGCUGCUCACCCUCAAGGAACAACUCAGGCUUACCGUGGCCCACAACAGCACCUUGAUACAGGAGAUGAGCAGCCUUAGGAAUCAAGUGGCCAGGCAGUCCACCUCCUCAGAUGUCCCUGUCCUUCAAGUCUCAGCAUCCAGUACCUCACAAAAGAACCCAAGGGAUACCAGCACAUCGGAUAAGGAAGGCUUUGUCACUCCAGUCCCAAAGGAACGCAAAGGAAGAAGAGGCAGAGCUCCCACACGCACACCAAAUACCUCAUCUCGCAUGGACUCUUCUUUAGGGGAUGAGAGGCAGUCCCGUGAUACUACUCCAGUAUUCUCCUCGCCUCCACCAGCCCCCACUAGCUCCUCUGGGCGACCCCAACGAACCACUCGCCGUACUAUGCGAUAUGACUCGCAGGAGUAUGUGCUGGCCUUCAGACCCAAGGCUGAUGAUGAUGGGGCUUGGGAGCCUCAUCCCAAGGGAUCACGACGCAACAAGACUCACAAGUCUAAGGUCUCAAGUGUUCCCAAACCCAUCCUGCAUGACCAAGAGAAUAAAAGCAGUAUGGCAAACAAAGCAGACAUUAUCCCAGAGCUAGACCCAGAUCCAGAGGCUGAAGCUGAAACCAAGACAGGUCGCAAGAAGGCCUCAACAACAAGACGGAGACGGGUCUUGUACAACUCUGAUGCUUGUGAAGAACCAUUCCUGUGUGCUCCUGAGUUGGUUUGUGAGGCACUACCUGAGGACAGUCCACACACCACUGUCCGCCGCCAGCUGAGGAACAAGAGGAAGUGAAUGUGUAACUGAAUGUGUAACUGUCAGGGUUUCUUGUGUCUCUCUCUCCUGUUUCCCUGGUCUCAGUCUCUUGAAAGGUCAACUAAUGCACGUUUCUUUCCGACUCCAUCCCUUUUGAAAUAAACUUUGUUCCCUUUUGAAAUAAACUAUGUUAAGUUUGGGUGCUUAGUUUUAAAGAAAAGACUGUUUUUUAUUUUAAAUGAUUUUAAGCUUAUUUUUUCUAUCUAGAUUUUUUUCACCAGAAAUAUAUUUAAAAAAAAUGUGAUGAAAAUUAUUUUCCAAGAAAAUAUUUUCAUACGUAUUGCCUUUUACAAGUAGUACAAAUUUCAGACUACAGAAAAUACUUUAGUGUUUUAAAUACAAGAAAUUAGUGCAACUCUGCAGUAUUACUUAUGUGUUUUGGACUGACUGAAUUGUUUGUACUACUUGUGGUCAUGUAGGUGUACAGACCAGUGUGCAGGUGUGUAUUGCUUGCUGCCAUGUAGGUGUACAGACCAGUGUACAGGUGUGUACUACUAGCUACCAUAAGGUGUACAGACUGGUGUGCAAGGUGGUUGUGUAAGGCAUGCUCUGUGUGCUCCCUUUACUGACUCGCUGCAGCUUUUGGUGAGCCCAUGUGCCAUACACCAAUGAAGUAUUUGUCUUGUAUAAUCUUGAGUAUGUGUAUUGUUUUUAUAUAUAUAUGCCAACUUUUCUA